AUGCGAGAAAGCAAAUGGGUUAGACUCAAUUUGGGUGUUAAUGUUACGAAAGGUUUUGGAUUUGGUAUAGAGAUAGAGAGAGAGAGACAGACUGGGGAACUGGAAUCUGUUGCGUUGAGUGUUUUGCCGCCAAAGCGGACACUGUUUAGAGGGGCUUUGAGGGGGAGGGAAAGAACAGCACGGGUGCGGGUGUGUGCUGAUGGAGGUGCCAAUCGUGUGUUCGACGAAAUGCCUCGUUUGAUCCCUAGCGAUGACGCUCUUGAUGUUCGACACAGCAAGGGAGUUCAUGAUGCCUCCUGUCAGAGCAGACUAGAGUACAAGCCAGACGUUAUCAAAGGGGACAUGGACUCAAUUCGGACAGAAGUACUGGACUUUUAUGCCAACCUGGGAACCGAGGUAAUUGAUGAAUCUCACGAUCAGGACACCACAGAUCUACAUAAGUGUGUAGCCUACAUUCGGGACUUCACUCCAAACUUGGAUAAAUCGAAUCUCUGCAUUCUUGUAACUGGAGCACUUGGUGGGCGAUUUGACCACGAGGCUGGAAACAUUAAUGUGCUAUAUCGUUUCUCAACCAUGCGACUAAUCCUGUUAUCCGAUGACUGCCUAAUCUACUUACUUCCAAGGACUCAUCGCCAUGAGAUUAAUAUUCAAUCUUCUGUCGAGGGUCCACAUUGCGGACUCAUUCCCAUAGGGAUGCCAUCUGUGAGCACUACAACAGGGCUUCGGUGGAAUCUCAGUAAGUAUAUUGCUUCGAAGAUUACUUUGGUGAUUGCUUUCGUUUGCUGA